UUAUGAACCAGUAGCCGCGUUUUGCCCGCAACAUAUCGACUUGCAUCGCAUUAUUAGUGCACCGCAAUUCUAUGUUACGACGUUCACGUAAUUAUACGUAUAAAAACAACAGUGUAUUUAAAAUUGGUAAUAGAUAUCAAACUUACGUCGAUUCAAUAUUACAGUUCGAACGAUUUGAAAUAUUUAUAGAGGCAUUUGUAAUGUUUGUUCAGAUGUUCCGCGUAGAGCCUUCCGUAGGGGGUUACACAAGUGAUCUUGAUGAAGACUCGUUACCCUUUUAAACUACUAGUGCCCUGUGAGAGAUUCAAAUCAAAUUGAAAAUUCCUAGUGUAUCAAGAAAAUCACGAUAAUCAUAGUCGUAAUUAUAAGCUGUGCGAUUACCAGAAUUUUCCUCAAAAUCUGACUUUUAAAUAAUGGUUCAUAUUGUGCGAAGUGUUUUACUUACACGAAGUCUUCAAGCAAUCUGACGAUUAUCAGGAAUUAUGAACUCAAACGAAAUUAUUUAUUUUGUAAUAUUAACAUUAUGCUCUUCAGUUGCGGGCCAACUGUGCAGCGACGGGCGGUCGGUAACAUUUGUGCGAUGGUCCGGAGUGACGUCAGAGCGAGCGCCGCCAGUGUUCGUCUACACGGCUAGCGGCGAAGAAGAUUCCCUUGUCGGAGCUUGCUUAGCUCAAUGCAGGGAACUGGAGGACUGCGGUGCAGUGGUCGUCGCGUACGGGAAAGGAAAUUGUGUUGGGGUAGCUAAUACUCCCGAACCCCACUUGAGAACUGAUCACGAUGUCACGUACUUUAAAAAGAUUUGCUUGCAUGUUUCCGAAGAAUGUUCCACAAAAUGGUGGGCGUUAGAGAGUACUCCUGGUUACCAUUUACAUUCCGAGAGCGCAGUGAAGGUGCUACCAAACUCUACCAUCCAAGACUGCUACGAUUCAAUACUUUCAGCCCGUAGAACUUCAUACCGUUCAGGCCAAUGGGUGGGACCAGACGGCUCGUUCAACGCGGAGCUGAUACAAGCGGCAGAUUCAACCGUCGGUAGCUGCCUCGUCAACGCCGAGGAUAAGUUCACUGAACCGGAAUCUUACAGAGUAUCAAACUACUAUACAUUCUACAUCGAGAAUCAAUGUAAACACGACUAUUUAAUAAAAAUAGAUAGAUGUUCAUACGAAGAAUACAACAAUCAAACGCUGAGACACGUCGAAUUCACACUGAAGAAUCGCACCAAAGACGAGUGCAAGAAAGCAUGUGAAACGGAACAAAAGUUCAUAUGUCGGGGAUUUAGCUGGAUAUCGAAGGAAGAAAAAAGUGGAGUUCGAGGCAUUUGCGACUUGCACAGUGAAGAUCUAGUUACUACUGGCUCUUGGCUGCUUCGGAAAACGUCAGGUGCAACCUAUUAUAGGCGGGUCAUAUGUUUGAAUAUAAGCGUGGACUGCGACAACAAGGGUUUGAACAUAACAUACAAGCCGCGCGGAGUUUUUCGGGGUCGUAUGUACGUCCCGGGGAGAGGGGAGCAGUGCGGGGCGCGAGGGAAGGGAGGUCCCGUCAAAUUGACGUUACCGAUGCACGGAGAAUGUGACGUUAAUUUUGCAUACGGAAUCUCGAAUGGACCUACCGGUGUCAUUAAUAGAACAAUGGCGUACGUAAUGGUUAUGAUCCAGAACAAUCCCAUAAUACAGACGGCAGGAGACAGAUGGGUUCGUGUAGGAUGUUCGCCUGGACCUCGCACACCCACACAUGUAGACGCCACGCUCGCUGUUACUGAUAACGGACGGGCCCCAGCGACGAAUUCCGGUCGGAAAUCGUGGACCGGAGCGGCGAGUGCGGUGGUGGGGGGCAACGCUCCCCUGAGGCUGUACGUGGUACGCGCGGAAACCGUGCAGCCUCCGUCCGCGGCCGUCUCACUCGGGGAACCACUCGAAUUGAGGCUUGAGACUACUGAUACAUCGGAGAUUCAACCCUAUUAUUUAGUGGCCUCAUCUCGCCUGGGCGACAGCUCUGUUGUAUUGCUGGACAGUAAAGGCUGUCCUACUGGUCAGGUGGAUUUCCCGGAAUUUACUCGUACCUGGUUGGACGGGACCCAGCGCUUGAGUGUACGGUUCAAAGCGUUCCGUUUUCCUACGUCACACAUCGUACGAUUCGCGCUCAUGGUGAGAUUUUGUGAAGACAAAUGUGAAAAGGUAGAUUGCAUGGAGAAUAUAGGCAGGAUAACUCGCGAUGCCAACGUCACGUACUUCAGUGAAGACACGGAGCAGGGUCGCGUCGUGGCGCAGGGAGGGACACGCGUGUGCCACAUCGGGGUCGACGACCCUUUGACACUUGAACUAGAGCUGGCCGUAGACUCUAAAGGCAUUCAGGCUUCUGACGCACUCGUCAGGGCUGAUCAUCGGUCAAGCUACCCGGAGGAGGCUCGUCCGGUAGAUGGCGUGGUGUGCGUCCAUGAGUUGCUGUUAGUAGCGUUGGCGCUAACAUGGCUCGCCGUACAACUACUGCUCUUACUCGGUUGCUGCGUUUUAGUCAAAAGGUACCGUAAUCUGGCCGAAAUGAGUAUGCAAAAGGACUACCAUUCAUUCGAUAAUGUUGGGUUCGAUACAGUUUCAACGCACAGACGCGUGCACUGGCCCGACCAGAACAUCGACAUAUUACAUGCUACUUAAAGAACUAACAAUACUCGGAUAUCUAAGUAACAACACAAUUAUUAUAGAUUUCUGUGGUAACAAAUUAUUUAUUAUGAAAAUUCUUUUAAAUAAACAAUUGAUGUAAUAUGCCGCUGAAAAUAGUGUAGUAUACUAUAGGUUUGAUAGGUAGAUUUAACUAUGUUAUAGAUAACUUGGCGUCAGUGGAAAUAUCAACGUGCCAAAACGAUGAACUAUGAAUGAUUCUUAAUAGAGUUUAAGAGAAGCACUCUCCAAAAUCGAUACUUUGGGUAUAAUAUUACUUUAAAUAUUAAUUUUGUUGAAUUAUUACGUCCAAUACCUAUCUUUAUCGGUUUCGAAAUAUGAUUCAAUCAAUAAUGGUAAAAAGAACUAAAUCAUUAAAAAUCUCAGGUGAACUAUUUCAGCAGGUUUAUUUACUCAUGAAUUUACGUGGCCUCACGAAAUAUUACAUUACAAAGACGAUUUCAAUCGAUAAUUGUAAAUAGAACUAGAUCAAUAAAAUAUCAUAGUUGAACUAUUUCAGAAGGUUUGUUUACUCAUGAAUUUUGUAUUGUGGCUUCACAAAAUAUUAUAUUACAAAUACGAUACUUAACUAACUCAGCGAAAAAGCCAGCUCGUGUUAGGGCAGAUGUUAGCAAAGGCUCCAUAGGUGAGUCCUGUGAGCUCGCCUACGUUCGGUGAAGCUAGAAUCUGUCGAAAACUACUAGCGACAGGUAGGCAAAAAAAAUCAUACCUAAAAUUUUAAUAAAAAAAAAAUCAUACUUAAAAUUUUAAUUUAAAAAAAAACAUACUUAAAAUUUUAAUUUAAAAAAAAUCAUACUUAAAAUUUAAUUUUAAAUUAAUAGGGUACUUUUCAGAAUUUUUAAGCAUUGAAUUGAAUUCUCGUGUUAAUAUUUUAUUUUUAAAAAAUUCGACAUGAGCGUCCGAUUUAUCUCAUUUAUGACAAAGUAUUAUAGGAUUAAGCUAAAUGUCAUAAUAUCCCCCAAAGAUAUGUUAAUUUGUAGUGUACCUACUUGUAAUAAUCGAAAGUAUAUCGAUGCCAAAUAAAAUACAAGUAUGAAAUAAUGCUUCUUCAUAUGUAAACGUCAUAUUGUAAUUAGUGUUCAUAAAUUUUACCCUAAUAAUAAAUAACUUGUUAAUGACUGUUCCAAAUGCGAAUCUACACUGUUUUAAUGUUUAAACUUUUUAAUAUAAUACGUCAAUGGAACGACAUGUUAUGUCGCAUAGUUGGUAAUACGAAAAUUAUUAGAAAUAUUUUUAUUUUAAAUUUUAUACAUAUUAAAAAACCUGUG